UCACGCUGCUGCCAGGUCCACAGUGUGUCAUGGGUCCCUGUACGGCCUCCCAUUGCUGCUGUCUCCAUCGCCACACUCUGCCAUGUGCCACUUUCAGGUCUCCUCACACUCCUGCUGGGUUCCAUUUUGUCAUAGGUUGCUGGCAGAUUACGGGCGUCUCCCAUUGCUGCUGCCAGGCCCCUAAUCUGCCAUGGGCCCCUGUACCGCCUCCUCAUGCUGCUGCCAGGCCCCUAAUCUGCCAUGGGCCCCUGUACCGCCUCCUCAUGCUGCUGCCAGGCCCCUAAUCUGCCAUGGGCCCCUGUACCGCCUCCUCAUGCUGCUGCCAGGCCCCUAAUCUGCCAUGGGCCCCUGUACCGCCUCCUCACGCUGCUGCCAGGUCCACGGUGUGUCAUGGGUCCCUGUACGGCCUCCCAUUGCUGCUGUCUCCAUCGCCACACUCUGCCAUGUGCCACUUUCAGGUCUCCUCACACUGCUGGUGGGUUCCAUUUUGUCAUAGGGUGCUGUAUGGCCUCCCAUUGCUGCUGCCUCCACCGCCACACUGUGGCUCCAAACUCUGGUUUUUGGCCCCGUGACUGCCCAAAUGAGUGAAGUGUGCGGUGAUUCUAAGAUCGACGGCACUCAUCUGCAUGUCAUACUGACUGACAGUAUUAUUUCUCUUCCCCAGCAGACUCCAAGGGCAUUUAAAUUAAAGGUACAGUGUUCUGCACUAAUAUAA